GUCUUGCUAAACUUUCCUAACCAUCGCAUUCGCACUCCCAAGAGUGUAUGCGUCUUACAUCAUGAUCAAGCUCGUUCCUCUUCAAGUGUUGGUGGUGAUCGUGUUCUGUGUCCUGCUUCAAGCGACUGACGGAGAAGAGGAAUCGAAGCCCUAUCAAUUCGGAUUCAACCUAGGGACUCAGCACAGAGAAGAAAGAAAAGACGCGAAUGGGAUCAUCAUUGGCGAGUAUGGGUUCUUGACAGCUGACGGAUACUAUCAGACGGUAAUGUACGCCACGGAUAAGGAGGGCAGGUUCCUCAUCACGGGUCGCAAACGAGUCCGCGUUACGCCACCGAAGCCCAGGCCAGACGUAGAAGGACGACAGGGUCGCGCUAAUUCAGAUUUUCCUACCACAACCACUACAACCACGACAGAGCGCACGAAAGUUUAUCACUUCAACUACACAGCGCUACAGCACGGCCGCGAAGAAACUGGCUUCAGUGACACCAGUAAAGUGGGAGAUUAUUACUGGGAUGGGCCAGACGGAUAUCGUCGGAUCGUUACAUACAACGCAGAUGAUGCUAAGGGCUACAGGCCAAUCGUCAAGCAAGUGAAACUACCGAUUCCGUAACUGUGAAAUACAAUUUAAAUGAAUAUGUUGCUUCCGAAUUAACUUGUCCUGCUCUCCCCUGUAAACUAAAUACACUUUGCUCAUUGUUCUUA